ACCUUCCGGCCGCUGGGUCGCGCGCUGAGCCGACAUUGACGCGUCCUCGCGAUUCGGUCUGACUAGCCUCCCCGCCUCGCGACAUCAUGGUGGCCUACUGGCGACAGGCUGGGCUCAGCUACAUCCGAUACUCCCAGAUCUGUGCAAAAGCAGUGAGGGAUGCACUGAAAAGUGAAUUCAGAGCAAGCGCCGAGAAGACUUCCGGCAGCAGUGUAAAAAUUGUGAAAGUGAAGAAGGAAUAAUGUACCCUGACUAAAGCUUGAGAUGCCACAUUUUCAAGGUGAAGCCGUGUGGGCACAUGUUAUGGCAGAUUGAAAACGAUCUCACUUCAUGGGGGGGAAAUACUGUCUCGUUGAUAGAUUGACAAUGCCAAUAAACUGAAGCAGGCUUCCCUCAC